AACAACCAGAGAGCGAAUUGACACGGAGCCUGGAAUCUUCGAGGUCAUAUGAGAUCGGAACGCCUGCUGCCAUGAUGAAAACUGUUGACAGUUGUCGAGCCGAGGUGUACCAUUUGAGGAAGUUUUGAUUUCCCGUUACUUCCAAGCAAAUUGAUCUCCAAAACUUCAUCCGUUCCAUGUCGAUAAAACCCGUCUAGUGCAAGAAUCCUCCCUGCACCAUACAUAAAGGAAUUGACCAUGGACCCCCGACACAGUGCCCAGGAUGUGGUGCGUUGUGAUGUGUGUGAUACUCCUGUCCCCCCACUACACUGUGACUUCUGUCAGACCAAUCUCUGCAAAGCUUGUGUUGGGGAACAUAUGCUGGAUUUAUCCAAAAAACAUCAGGUGGUACCGUUCCAAGACCGAGGAUCUACUCCAAAUUAUCCCAUUUGCACAAAACAUUCCCCCAAGCAAUGUGAGCUUCAUUGUGAACAAUGUGACAUUCCUAUUUGUGUCCACUGUGUUUCCUCUGAAAGUCACAAAAAUCAUAAGUUAGUAGACAUUUAUACCAACUAUGAAAAGAAAAGAGAAAAUCUACAAAAAGAUUUGCAAGAACUUGUUAAAUCCCUUUCUCCCAAAUACCAAGAGAUUGCAAACAAAAUAACAGUGCAGAAAGCUGAUCUGAGUAAAAACUCAGAGAAAUUGACAACAGCAAUUGACAAACAUGGAGAAGUCUGGCACAGAGAAAUUGACAUCAUUAUACAGAAACUCAAAUCUGAUCUUGAUGAAAUGGACGCCAAACACCUGGCUGUCUUAAACAGACAGGAAGAUGAAAUCACACACACCAUUUCUGAAAUCACACAGAGCAUUGCUGAUCUAGAGAAGUUACUGGACUCCAAUGAUGUCAGCCUUGUUUCUGCCUACAAAUCCAGGAAUGCUGAAUUCAGAAGAUUGCCUCCAAAACUCACAUUUUCUCUACCAAACUUUAUCCCACAGAAAAUUAAUCCAGAACAACUUUACCAACAAUUUGGUUCCCUGUCAGCAUUCUCCAUUACAACAGAGGAACAUGGCUACACCAUGGAAACCUCAGAAGCUGGAUCCUCUCCCCUCAAACCACUGCUUGAUGAGCCACGGAUCAUCUCCACCAUACAGACACAGUAUCACUAUUCACUAUCCAGUGUUACUUGUCACAGUGAUGAAGAAAUCUGGACGCGUGGUAAUAAUAAGAUGAUGAGUCUCUACAACCUGCAGGAGGAACUAGUGAAGUCAGUCCAAACCAAGUCAGGGAACAAACCAUACGACAUAGCAGUGACAAGGAGUGGGGAUCUAGUUUAUACUGAUUACCAUGAUAGAACUGUGAACAUAGUGAAGAAUACACAGAUACAGACAGUGAUCAGACUACAGGGGUGGGAACCUCGCGGUGUCUGUAGUACCUCCUCUGGUGACCUCCUGGUUGUCAUGGACAGUGAUGAUGAUAAACAAACAAAAGUUGUGUGUUACUCUGGCUCCACAGAGAAACAAAGUAUUCAGUACAACGACAAAGGACAACCUCUCUAUUCAUCUGGUCCUUACUAUAAAUACAUUAGUGAGAACAGGAACCUAGAUAUCUGUGUGUCAGACCAUGGAGCCCGUGCAGUAGUGGUGGUCAAUCAGGCCGGGAAACUCCGGUUUACCUACACUGGUCCUCCCUCUACUACCAAGGGAUCAUUUAUUCCAUACGGCAUCACAACAGACAGCCAGGGUCGGAUCCUGACAGCAGACUAUUACAACCUCCGUAUCCACAUCCUGGAUCAGGACGGACAGUUCCUCCGCUACAUUGACAACUGUCAUUUACAGAGUUCGGGCUGUUUAGUGCUCGGGGUCGUGGCGGAUCAAGGACCUGAUAAACCUGUGAGGUGUAGGACUAGCUGGUUCCACUACAAGUGUUUCUGGACUUCGUGUGUUUACAAGAAUCAUCUCCGGGGCGUGGAUCCAGAAACUCUCAAUGAGAUUGUGUUCGGAAUCAAUGGAUUGUCCAAGGCUGACAAAUUCAAUUUCCAGAACGAGGCCAGCAGCCCGCCAGCCUCUUCGCGCAAGCGUACUGGGAGGUCGACAGAGAGUAGUAUCAUCGCCGCAAAGGAUUGUGGGAGUGUUGAGGGCGGGGACUACGAGGUGAAUGAAAACGUGUUUGAUUUAACUGACCUGCUGUGUGUUACUGUUUAUAAACAUCAGACCAACAUUUACGUCAGUUUAAGGGAAUUCUUCCUGCUUAAGGGAUCUAAUAUCGCCAAGCCGUCCAAACGAGGAAUUUCUCUGAACAAACUCCAAUGGCGGGAGCUGUGUUCAAUUCAAAACGGGAUCGAGGCGGCCACGAAAAUUAUGGCUGCCAGAGAGUCCAAAUCUAAGGAACCGAAAACAAAGGGGAAAGAUCAGAGGAUGAAAGAAGAGGGGGAGGAGGAAGAAGAAGACGAGCCAGGUCAGAUUCUGUUUUCGUUGUCGUGGAAACGGCGUGUAAGCGUGCACCAGCACCAGGAGGAAGUGUUCGUCGACAUCCGGGAAUAUUCCGAGGACCGGACUUUCCAGCGCUCCACGAAAGGAGUGGCCCUGACCAAGCCUCAGUGGACCAAACUAAGGGAGGAAAUGCCCAACAUUGAGGCCCUUGUGCAGCAUAUGGAAGUCUGACUUGUGUGGAUGCAGACGAUCUCUGAAUGAUUUAACUAUCCAUCCAUUUGUUUGCGCAUUUCUUGACUACUGUAGAACUGCAAACGUCUGGGUGGCUUUACUUUGAUAUCAAAAUGGAUCUCUUACUUUGACAUGACUGGGCUAGAUUGUCAUGUUUAUUUUAUGCUUGGCAUGUUGGAUGGAACAAAAACUAGGCUAAGAACAUCGGAAGGCCUAUGAGAGCAUUUUUACUAUGUUUUGAUUGGUAAAUCCCGAGGCUAUCCAAAACUUCUGUUUUAGUGUGUCUGCUUUCAUUCAAUGCUUUCUCAUUACAAUUUUGCAUAUUGUUUUAUCCUGAUGAAAUUCAUACUGUUUAAGUACCCAGUCUGACUGCUCAUGGUAAAGCUGUUGCGCAUGCCUAUAUAGAUGACUGUACUGAAUGUUAUAUUGUCUUUGAAUUAUUUUUUUUUUUAAAUCUGCCGCUAUAAUUGUUUCAUAUGUGGAAAUUCAUCAUAAAACUGCUUUUGAAGCAAAACCACUUGA